ACACAGAAUGGAAAAUGAAACACAGAAAAUCGUUAGACACGACACCAUUUCCUGUUGUCUAGCCUUCCUUCAAAAAUGAAAGUACCCAGGAUGCACUGCAGGGCUGCGUGGGCGUUGUUGUUGGAUAGGUUCAGAUCUUCUGCAGUUUUGUUCCUCAUCCUUCUGCGAGCAGUGCAGACCCAGACUGUUGUGACCACAGUACCAGUGGCAGUGUUGGAGGGAGAGGAUACCAGGCUGCGCUGCCAACUCCAAGUCACCUGCUGCGACACCAAGUGUCUAUUCUGGAGCCACAUGGGUCCCGGGGAUGACGGUUUCCAGGUCGGCGAAUGUUCGAGGGACUGUGGAAACUGCAGUAUCUGUCCAGACCCACAGUCAGAACCUUGUAGUAGUAGUACAGAGCUUUAUUUCAAAAAACACCCAAAGAUCAUGUGCAGCCAUCUACAUGUGUCAAGAUUGUGGCGAUCGAUCGUACAGGGUUAAACUGGACGUACAUUACCCUCCCAGCAAACUGACUAUCAGUGAUUCCAGCCCCAUCGCGAUUCAAGGUCGUCCGUUUGAACUGUCAUGUCAGAUGAACGACCUUGGAAACCCUGAGGCAGACAUCACUUGGCAGCCUGACACAGAGGGGGUCAUCACGCAAGGUCAAGGUUCAAGUACGAUACAGUUUAACAGUGUGGAUCAUCGGACUAUGCCGCGGAAAAUUAAAUGUUACCCAACCCAAGAUGGCAGUAAAGUGAGCGAAGAUGCACUACAGAACCUGGGCGUCUCUGUGCCUUUAGAAAUAUAUUACCCCCCAGAAAGUGUACAGAUCCAGAGCCCGCACAGUUCCACAGUCCUGUUCACAAAUAUCGGUGACAGACUGGAUCUCAACUGCACAGUGGGACAAUCCAACCCCACCCCAACCAUAUCAUGGUGGAGGAAUGAUGCAUUGGUGCAGGAAGGAGACUCGAGAUUGUCGAUCGCACAAGUUAGGCAAACAGAUAUUGGGCAGUAUGUGUGUAAGGCAAGGGUAGAUGUACCAAGUUUGGGCAUACACUGGAACGUGCAGAGCGGUCCUGUCACAGUGUUACUUGAAUCUGAUGCUCACAUUACAACCACUGCCCUACCUUCCACUGCUACAACUCCACACAUUUCAACUGCAAAGACAACAGACAUGGCACCAGUAGUGGCAGCAGGUGUUCAAGAAAACAGUUCAUCUAAAGACCACCAGGUCUUCACCAUGGCAGUUAUCAUGAGUUGUGCGUUUGGAGGAGUGAUGUUCCUGUGUGUGGUGAUUAUAGCAGCAUGGGUUUACCAACACAGGAAAAGAUCACCUAGAACAUCUCAGCUUCAACUUCAAGGUAAAAACUGA